AUGUUGCCUAGCAGUGAUGCUCAGAGUGAUGUUACACACUUAACUACUAUAGAUGCUACUAGUGAGAUGAGCUUUCAGAAUGUUUGUUUCUUGUUAUCUGGAGCUACAGAAUGCCAAGAUACAUCAAUAGCUCAUACUAUCACCGUUUCACAAUCAGGUGGCGCAAAUUUCACGACCCUUACAGAUGCCUUUAAUUCUAUUCCUUCCGGCAAUAAUAAAUGGAUCAAAAUAUUGCUUAAUCCCGGAAUUUAUAAGGAGCAGAUAAUAGUUCAACAAGAUAAAGGAGGGUGUAUAAUUCUUGAAGGUAGCGAUCUUACUUCAACAAUAAUAACCUAUGAUAAUCAUUCUUCAACACUAGAAAGCGUUACUCUUGCUUUGUACAUCGACAAUUUUGUAGCUAGGAAUGUCACCUUUAAGAACUCUUUUAGAAUUGGAGCACUAUUAGAUGAUACGCAGCGAACUCAAGCCGUUGCCCUCAGAUCUUAUGGUGACAAGCAUGCAUUUUAUUCUUGUGGAUUUGUGGGAUAUCAAGAUACACUUUGGGAUGAUCAUGGUAGACAUUAUUUCAAAUCAUGUUAUAUUGAAGGGGCUGUUGAUUUUAUAUUUGGAAAUGGUCAAUCUGUAUAUGAGCAAUGCACCAUAAAUGUCACGGGAGGAGGUUACAUUACUGCACAAAGUCGACCAUCGGCAAAUGAUACUAGUGGUUAUGUGUUUAGAAAUUGUGAUAUUUCGGGAACAGGGCAUGCUGAGUUAGGACGAGUAUAUGGUGCCUUUGCAAGAGUUAUUUUCAUCGACUCAAAAUUCAGUAAAGUUGUUGAUCCCGAGGGAUGGUUCAUUUGGAAUCAAAGUGGACAUGAAAACGAUGUGACAUUUGCAGAAGUUAAUUGCACUGGUCCAGGAGCUGAUACAUCAAAACGUGUUUCAUGGGAAAAGAAGUUAGAUUCUUAUGCAAUUAGGCAAUAUGAUACGCAGACUUUUAUCAACCAAAAUGGGUGGAUUGCUAAACAACCUUUAUAA